CAAUUGAGCAUACCACGAUUUCUCCCGCGAUGGCGACGCGCCCUGUGCUCUUGACACAAGCCCUACUGGACGCUGGCAAGAUUCCCCAUGGAAGCCAAGUACGAUGGUUAGGUUUGGUCCGUGACGUUGGCCAACCUCAGCUGAUGGUUGACCCGGCCGAUGAGUCUGCCUACAUUGAAACUACGUCCCACCGAUGCGAGGUCAUUCCAGGUCAUGCUGCGUGGCUGCACGAAAAACACGCUUUGGUGCCAUCAGUUCCGGCAAGCACGCUGUCGAUUGAAAGAAUGGCAGGAACAAGCGUACUUGGCAAGAAGAAAAGACAUGACCUAGAUAACGACGUUCAAGAUGAUCCACGACCUCGACCGGCUGCUGUCAAGGACAAAACUGCCACCACAAUUAAUUUCGCAAAGCCAACUUUUCAAGUCAUGGUGCGGGCAUAUCAAGGAGUUCAGUACAAAGUGAACCAUUUGUAUGAAUUCGUUGGCGAACUCGACCUCACCCCUCAAGCUCUCGACGACUUGGAGAUGGAAUGGCAAGGUGAAGAUGCAACGGCAUCCAAAGACAAUGCAAAACUCUUGGAAUUUAUCCCAACGUUGCAUGUAAAAGAUGCAUCGGAACGUGAUUACUUCGGGUAUGCUAUGAGCCAUUGUGGCCUCGGUGAAUCAUUUCCAGGGGAUGGCAAGAACAACGUGCGGAUUGAAUGGUGUUUGCAGCAAUGGAAGGCAUUGGGUUACCCUUUCAGUGUGGAAGAAAUGCGCCAGAGUAUCGUCGAUUACUUGGCAACUUUCCUUCAAGGCGACGUGAUCGCGGCCGAUUUCAUCUUGUUGUGCCUUUUAUCCCGUGUCUAUCAACGUUCACAAGCGACAACUCCUUUUGGCCACUUCGCCGUGAACUUGAUGUUUCCCAAUGCGAAUUCAGCUGCCGUUGCCUCAGCGUGUGCCCAACUCGUCAAAGCAAUUCAUGGCAUUGUCCCGAUCGCAACUACACUGAAUCUCACGCUGGAAUCGCUGAACAGUGCUUCUUUUUUUCCCCGAAAGGAUUACACCAUUGACUACUUGCAUUCUGGAUUGCUUCAAUUGCCAGAAGGUUCUGCAGUCGUUGUGGAUGAAUCGAACAUGAUCACCGGUCAGUUGAGCGACAGAGGGACGCGAAACAUCCAAUCUCUUAUGAGCUUGGUUGAGAACCAAACGCUGACGUAUGAUUUUCAGUUUUACCACACUGAAUUUCAGCAAGACGUGAAGUUCAUCACACUGUCGAAGUCCAAGUCGAUACUUCCCACUGCUGUACACAUUCGCCACGAAGGCAAGCAAGGUAAUACGUCAUCAAGCAUUGCUUCAGAGGAUCUAUUGCAAUGUUUUCGGUUGUACAUUGCGGUGUUUCGAAGCUUGGACGUCGAGUUGGGCAAUGACGGCGCUCAGACUGCAGAGCAGUGGUAUGUCGAGGAGCGUAAAGUCGACAAAUCCAUCCGGGCCGAUGAUCUCCACCGUUUGGUUCGAGUUGCUCGGUUGGUGGCUCUUAGUUUUGGGACGUCCGUCGUCACAAGUGAUGCCUGGCGUCAUGCACUCGAGUUGGACAAGACUUGCCAACAGCGUGGACGAUCUUAAUCUAAUUUCGAUUACAUGAUAUCUUUGCACGGU